GGGGGUGCGAAGGGGGGAGCGCUGCAGAUAGUCUCAAGUCCGCUUCCUGUGCUGGUCCGCCGUCGCUCUCUGUUCGCCGUCCGCCGUGCCGUCCAUCCGCCCCGCUCCACGCAGCUUGGGAAUAACGGAUCGCCGCUCGCUAUCCCUCGACCUCGGUAGAAAGUUCCAAACGACCACGACGUCCUCUUGGUCUCCCGCUGUCAUCAGUCCGCAAUUCCGCAUUUCUAUUGUCCUUUUUCCGUCGCAUCCGUUUCGUCUCUUUGCUCGCAUCUGGCCUCAAGCCCCUCAGGCCUCAGCUCACCACCACGAACCAACCGACAGAAAGAGGGACGAAUGGCGAGCUCUCAGUGCUGCGAUAACCCGCCGGCCCUGAACCCGGCCUGCGGGGAGGGCAAGGUCGUCGACAGCUUCGGCGGGCUCAAGGCCUACGUCGCCGGCCCCGAGGACUCCAAGGCCGCCGUCGUCCUCGUCGCCGACGUCUUCGGAUUCGAAGCGCCGAUUAUGAGGAAGAUAGCCGACAAGGUUGCUUCGUCAGGGUACUUUGUUGUGGUACCAGAUUUGUUUCAUGGGGAUCCUUAUGCACCUGAGAAUGUUGAGAAGCCCUUUCCUGUGUGGAUAAAGUCACAUACUCCGGAAAAAGGGUUUGAAGAGACAAAACAAGUUAUUGGGGCUCUAAAGGAGAAGGGAGUGUCUGCUGUUGGAGCUGCAGGGUAUUGCUGGGGUGCAAAGGUUGUUGUGGAGUUGGCAAAAGCUCAUGAGAUCCAGGCUGCUGUGCUGUUGCACCCUUCUUUUGUUACCGUUGACGAUAUCAAAGAGGUCAAGUGCGCAAUUUCUAUCCUCGGAGCUGAGAUUGACAAAAUGUCCCCACCGGAGCUAAUCAAGCAGUUCGAGCAGGUCCUUUCUUUGAACUCAGGGGUUGGCCACUUCGUCAAGAUCUUCCCUGGUGUGGCGCAUGGAUGGAGCGUGAGAUACAACCACGACGACGCAGCUGCCGUGAAGAGUGCUGAGGAAGCCUUUGCGGACAUGCUCGACUGGUUCAACAAGAAUCUGAAAUAAACUCUGCAAUUGCAUCCUGCCUUGUAAUAAUGCGUGUUCCAGUGCCCUGGGAUCGAAUCUGCUGUGUUUGGGCUUUUGCAUGGUCAGGCUAUUCAGAGUUGUCAUGGACUUAGGGUUGUGUUAGUAGAUUGGUUGCGCUGAAUCUAUAAUAAAAACGAGGUAAACUAGGACAAUGAUGAUGUGGCCGUGUGUAUUUAAUGUAUUCUGUUCAC